UGAGCGCUCCGGCGAGGGUUGCCGGGUUUACGAGCCGCGAGGAGAAAGGAGAAGCGAUUUUUUUUUUUUUUUUUUUGUUAAAGGCGCUGUUAAUGCGAGUGGGCAAAGUGGUCUGAAGAAUGUCUGGAGUUGCUUGACCUUUUUUGGCUGUCUACACUUGCAUAGGUUUGUGCUGGAGGUGCUGACGGGGCUGCUGUUGGGAAGUGAGCGUAGUCGCACAUAGUAGCAGCACUGCUCUGCGGGGCGAAGCGGCAUCAUGACAAUCGCAUGUGUAUUCGAUCCGCCCGCUCGUUGUCGCUGCGGAAGGCAAGGUUAAGAAUGAGCUCGGAGCUUUCUGGUGUGUGGGUUGUGGCCAGAUGAGAAUUAGUAUACGUACUGCUUGCUGAAGGAAGAGGCAUCAAUUUGGAAUGCAAGUCUUUAAUCAUCAGUUUCUACUUACUCGUAUUAAAGACAUCAGUAUACUGGGGAUCUUUGAAAAGGCGUCCAUAGAUCUUUUGGUCCAACCACUUGCCGUACGGCAGGAACUCUUGAAACUCUCUGGGAUAGGUAGUCUUGAAGAAAUGAUGCACAUACAGAAAGCAGAACUGAUGUUCUCCAGACCUAGUCUCAAGGGGUUUCUCUGGCUUGGCCUUUUUGUACUUCAGUCUUAUAGUUCAGGCAUUCUCCCAAUGACAGCUGAAGUAGGGGAUGAAGUCAAGCUUCCUUGCAAAUUCAAAAUACCUUCACACACUUCACUGAAAUCUUACAUAGUCUACUGGCAAAAACAUAUAGAAGGUAGAAAAGAUCUGGUUGCAAUAGCUUACAAGGAUGGAAAGGAAAUGUCAGACUCUAAGGAUCCAUAUUAUAUAAACAGGACAAGGAUGAAUGAGCAGAAUUUUACACUUUUCAUCUCCUCAGUGAAAGUAUCAGAUAAAGGCACAUACAAGUGCAUCAUCAUACUGGAAAGUGACAAAAUAAGUGAAACAUAUGUCUCCUUAUCCGUGAUAGCUGCCUUUAGCAAGCCUAAAAUAUAUGCUGAACAAUUUAAUGCCUGUGGCCCAACUCAGCUGACACUGAGAUGUUUUUCUUAUGGAGGAUAUCCAGAGCCUACCAUGUCUGGCUUGAUCAACAAUGAAACAGUGGAAUGGAGCUAUACUUCUAUACCUGACAACCAAACAGAACUUUUUAAUAUUACUGGCAUUUUGACAUUAAACUUCACUGAAGAUAGUGUGGUUCAUUGUUCAGUCAUGUCCAACUUCAACGUGUCUACCAACCAGAGAAUAACAAGGAAGUGUCCUUCUGCUGUGCCAUCAUCACAAUUGUUUGUUAUUCCUAUUUGUCUUGUAGCUGUGGUAGGACCGAUUAUGCUUCUCCUAUACCACAUAGUUCACAAACGCUCAAGGUCCUCUUGCCGCACCAGCCAUAAUCAGCCAGUGCUAAAAGUUGAAAUGACAUCUCAGCCACACUCCAAUGGGACAUCGGGAACAGCAUCUUUCUGACCAGGCACAACCUGGGAGAUCUCCUGUCCAGCAUUUGGCUUUGACCCUCUGCUCCAUGGAUUCGUCAGCUGAACUGGAUUGCUCAGCUACAUAUUGGAGAGAAGGAGAUCCCUUGCAACUAGUAUUUAAUAGUGGUUGUAAGCCACAAACUCAUCUUUAUAAGCUUUCUCAUGUACAACAUGAAGAAAUUAUGAAGCUGAUCAUGGGAGGUUGUGCUUUUCUGUCUGCUGUCUGUUAAGGACAGUCCAAGAAAAGGCUACAGUUAGUCCAAAGCCUUUUAAUGUCUGCUGAAUUAGCCCCUCAGUCGUAUUGUACUUGUUUCAGCAAGGGGCAAACUUAGGGUGAUGAAGAGACAUUGGCACAAUUCAAAGCUGUACCAUAUAGAUGGCUGCAGAAAAAUGACAGGUAUCAGUAUGAUUCUGAACUUAGAUAAGCUGUAUCCAAGGAACAGUAUUAUUGCCUGCUAUGCAGGGGAAAAGUAUUCUCACUUUGUAAAUUCUCUUUAAAUGCAGCUUGCACAUGAUUUAUCUUGCCUCUAAUCCUACUUAAAGCACUGACAAAUAUGCCCUAAUCAUAAAUUUCAAGAUGCAUUGCAACUCAUCACGUAUACAAUGACAGCUUACCACUGUGUAAACUAAGUGGCCCUCCCAAAUACCGAAUGAGGCAAGGAUGGGGCAGCUGAAAUUAGUUGGGGCCAGACUAGACCGGAGCAAGCAGAUGCCACUAGAGCAAUGGGCAGUGCAAAGGGAGGGGAAUAAUCAACGACGUUUAAAAGCAGUAUAGAAGUUAGCAACUUGCACUGUCUGGGUGAGUGCUGCACAUAAUCUCGCUUUGCUCAUGUGCAUAGUAAUCAUUUUUUCCUAGAAUAAAGCUGCCUCCUUCUGAAGGGCCAUCUUGACCGGUUUGUAUUGGUCAGGCACACCAGGCAAACCCACUGCUACAUGAGGCUUCCCAAGUUUGGGUAACAGCACCACAAUGCAGUAAAAUAAACUUGAACUGAUUUUGUUGCCAUUGCCACUCUGAAAGGACUGUAUAUAAGUAGCAAAUAGUGCUUCCUUGCCAGCCACAUGACUAACUUGAAUAUGCUCUGAUGUUUUGUUUUUCAAUAGGGCAUGCACAUGUCUGUGUACUUCGAUUUCCAAGGAGUGGAAAGCCCAAUUAACUCUCUGCUACCUUGUGGUCCAGGAUAGUUUAGUUAGAAGGGAAAGAGAAAUAGCUACAUGAUAAGGAUUACAAGAGCCUGGCCAGAUAAAAGCCCCACUGGAGAUGCAGCAGGGAUGCACUGUAGAAAAGAAAUGGGAGCAGUUGAAAUUGCUCGAUAAUGCUUUCAUAUAAUUUACCUUAUGUAUUUAUACCACAUCCAGAGAUUUUUACACAAACAGCCUCAUUAUCAUGUGUCACAUGCAGGGUUACAGAUGGGGCUGAACUAAGGUGAUUUCCACAGCUGUUUUCUCAAAAGUCCUACUGUUUCUACUUCCUGUCACUAUAGUUGCUUCAGCUUCAAGCUUUUAUUCUCUAGGGUCCUCAUAUAUUUACUUGCCUUCACUGUAAUCUUAAGUUGGAGCGCCUCACCACAUGAUACCAAUGUGAGUCCAAUGAAAGAAUUUGGAACACUCGUAUUAAUCCACCCUUCUUAGGGCAACUACAAAUUGCAGUGGAAUAUUCUCUAUCCAUCCUCCCAUACAAUAAAAAAUAAUCAUGUUUAAAAUAAUAUACCCCAUGGAUGCCAGAGAAUUGAGAGUUAUCACAUUCCAUUCUUCAAUUCACUCAGUUGAUCCUAAAAUGAUGUAAAAGGUCUGGAAGCCACCAUUCGUCUUUGGUUCAAGACAGCAAAGGAUGCAAUCCAGUGGCCCCUAUUGUGUAUAAACCUCCAAAGACAAACCGUUUUCAGCUGUCUGGAUGAAGCACUAAGGAAGGGGAGAAAUGGAGGCUGAUAGGAAACCCUUAUGUUUUUUGGACCUAGCCUCCUUCCUGCCCCCCACCACAUCCAUUUUCCUCCUCUCAGAGGUAUAUUUGUGCUCUCAGAAGCAGUCAGCUCAUUUCUGUGCCUGCUACAAGUAGUCAUGGUGAGGGCUUGGCCUUUGGACUCCCAGCUGUGAGGUCACAGCACCUCCAAUCCAAAGGUUCAGGACUAUACUAUCACCUCCCAGACAAUGUUACAAGGUCACUGGAUUGUGCCCUAGUCUGGCCGAUAAAGUAAUGUCAACUAUGCUAUACUGCCACUUUUGAUUUCCAACAGGAAUCAUUCAUUUUAAAGAACCUCUACAAGAACUUCCCAGACACACAUAUCACUGCUCAUCUCUGGGUUGCAUAUUUUUAGGAGAAUAUAUCUCUGAUUAGUAACGUCAUUUUCCUCAUGGAUAGCAUGUAAUGGGAACUGUCAUUAAUCUGUGACUGAAGCAGCCCAGAGACUCUCCCAGAUAUAGUUCUCCUUUGAACAAAAUAUAUUCUAAUAUUUUUAUUUCCACAUUAUCUCUCUUGACUACAGCAUAUUAAACUUCACACAAGUAAAAACUAAUUAAUUAUGUGAAGACAGAAAUAUACUUUAGCAUUAGCUUCUUUUAGCAAAUAAUUCUUAAAUACGUUUAUCUUCAGCUAGAGGCAAAGGAAGGUAUGUUUUUAGUUUUGUACUUUAUACAAAUGUAAAAUAUGUUCAUGUCUGUUCUUGUGUUUCACUAAAAUAUACAUCCUUAAUUGUAUUAAA